AUGAAGCUAGUCGUCAUUCUUGUUGCUUUGCUUCCAAUCACGGUGCAAGCGAAGAAAUAUUUCAUUCCUAAUUUCAAGGCCAACUGGCACAAAGCGCUCGAAUUAUGCAUUUCGCUGGAUAUGAACAUGGUAACGGUGGAGUCCCGGCAGGAUCACGAUGAUUUGGUAAAGUUCGUCCAAAAGACGGACAAAUUCUCCAACGCCACAAGGUUUUGGCUCGGGGCAAGCGAUUUGGCCGAGGAAGGAGUUUAUACGUGGGUGUUGAACAGCCGGUUGGCUACGUUUACUAACUGGGCGGAAGGAGAACCGACAGGCAACGAUUCCGAGAACUGCGUUGAAAUGAUCCACAACACGUACGUGAAUCGGGUCAACUGGCACAAGGCGCUCGAAUUUUGCAUUUCGCUGGAUAUGAACAUGGUAACGGUGGAGUCUCAGCAAGAUCACGAAGAGCUGGUGAAGUUCAUUCGAAAAACGGACAAAUUCUCCAACGCCGCAAGGUUUUGGCUCGGAGCAAGCGAUUUGGCCGAGGAAGGAGUUUAUACGUGGGUGUCGAACGGCCGGUUGGUCACGUUUACCAACUGGGCAAGAGAAGAACCGACAGGCAACAAUGCCGAGAACUGCGUCGAAAUGAUCCAUAACACGAGCUUAAACUGGGCUUGGACGUGGAACGAUAUUGAUUGCCGAGGGGUUCAGGCGUACUUCAUUUGUGAAGAUCGACAAAGUGUUGCUCAGUUUUAA